UGUAUGCUAUAUGUGUAUAUGUGAUGUGCUAGGUCAUAAGCGAGAUUGUCCGUUUAAGGCCUGUGAGUGCAAGAAAUGUGAUCUAAACGCUCAACGAAGGAAAUUAAUGGCAAAGGCUAACAAAGAAAAGCGUAAACUAAAUGAUACGAAGAGUAACUCGAAAUCGCAUCUAAGAAGACAACGAUCUGACGAUUGCUCUUCUGAAACGGACAGAGACAGCGGUUACAGCAUUAACUUUGAGGACACCGAUCAAAGCAAACUGAUUGACCCUUCAAAGCAAUUCAUGCAACUCAAUAAAUGCUUCAAUCAGAUUCAACACGAGCUGAUGGGCGUAAUGUCAGCGCAAUGUAUGGCCAAAUCCAUACUCUGGAUGUUAAUCGAAAUGAACGCCACUUCUCUCGCCGAAGACACCAAAGAACUGGAAAAUGUGAUCAAAGACUCGAUAAUCAAAUCGUCCGCUGAAUACGAGUCAAUGUUCGGCCGUUCCCUCCAUCGCAAUACGAGCCCCACUAUGAGCUCAAUGAUAGGUCCCGUAACACCCGAGUCGUCCGCUAUGUUAAGAGACUUCUACACAGCCAACAAUUUCAAGUCACUCAUUGACACAAUGCAUGAUCAGAACCAGUAUCACCCCUUCUUGUCUCAAUUCCCAUUUUUGAAUCCAGUGCUAACACAACACCAUCUCCAUAACAAGUUCAUGUAUCCACAAAUCUCAACAUAG